GGGGGGGGGGGGGGUUGCACUGAAAAAUUGGGGCUUUUGUAUUACUUACGAAAUUAGGGCUUUUGAAUUUCUUUUUGUGCAAUUUUUUUUCCGUUUCAAAGUCCAUUUUGGAUUUCUUUCUUUAUGACGCAAAUUGUUCCCGUAGGGUUUUUGAUUUUGCAAAUCUGGAUUCAAGAGCUUUGGCAAGGGUUUCCAAGCUACGAUGUUUACGGCUCACCCAUUGAUUCUCCACCAAUAAGUGAUUUCGAAUCUGUCCUUUUUGGAAUGAUUUUUGAGAACCUCAUAUUCAGAUUCGUUCUUUGUUUAUUGAUUCUAUACGAGUAUGAUAACUGAUAUCUAGAGCAUGUGAAGUAUUGAUUUUCAAAAUCGAUACACAUUGCUCACCUUUGGAUUCGUUAAUGAAUCAAAUCUCAUGUGUUUUUAGAGUGAUUUCUCUUAAUCUCUCACUUGAGAUCCCUUGUAGGGCUGGAUAUAAAAACAAUAUGAUUCAAUUUGGGGAUCCUCUAAGAACCCCAGGUUAGGUAAAAGAUUAGCCUAAAAAAGUGUUGUUUUUAUUUUGGGACUCUUCUGAAAGAAGUAAUCACAGUUUUUGGUAUGUUUAUUUUUGUCUACUCCUUAAUCAGUAAUUUGAAUAAUUAACUUAUGUUUUUAUUGGAUUGUUUAUUUCAGUUCAAUGUGAGGGAAAGAAAUGCAAUUCGGUGAGGCUGCUUUCGGUUGAUAGUAUUGAAUUGUAGCAUAGCUUUUGGCCUAGUGUCUGUUCUUCUUUUUCAGAAUAUUUCAGACAAAAGCUUACAACUGAUUAUUGAUAAUUACCAACAAUUGGAGUGUUUGAACCUCACUAGUUUCAGACACUAAUUGCUAAAUUGUGAUAUUUAUUAGAAUGUAUCUUUUGUUGAUGUAUGCAUACCUCUCUCCUAGAGACGAAGCCGCGAAGAAUUCCUUCAGCCGUUCCCACAUCUGAGAUGCUUCAAAGUGCACAACUAGUUUUAUGGUUUAUGAAGAAGCCAUACAUGAUUAUAUCCUUCAUCAAUGCCUUAUGGCAGCUCCUGUGGGUGAAUCAUGUUGCUUCCCCAAACUUAUCCAAGUCUACUGCUGAUGUCUUUUUUCUUAAGAGGCACCCCCUAGAAUUUAUUCAGCAUAGGGUUAGCAUUGUAGCUUCUGAUCUUCUAUCACAGGAGAUAGCGGACCACCUGCUCUACCCCAAUCCUGGAUCACUGAUGGUGCAUGAACAACAUCUCCAGUAUUUUCAUUUUCUUGGAACUGUUCUUGCAAAGGUACAAAGUGGAAUUGCCCCUUCUAUCUACUAUUUACCUAAAAUGCUACAUCACAAAAAUUAUAGAACAAUUGCAAUGUCACCUUCAUGAACUGACUUUUGUCUGAAAUUAUGGUUUUCAUGAUUAAGCUUCUUUUUUCUUCAUUUACCUUUUGGCCAGUACCUAGUGUGAUAACGCAGUACAAGUAGAACAUUCUUCAAUAGCUUUCACGUUACUAGUUUCUUGUAUUUUCCAUGAACUGUGACGGAUGCUACAUGAAAUGAAGAAAUGAGAAGGUAUAUUCUCCAUGUGCUUAAUUUUUGUAAAAGAGAAUGACCCUAAGCAGAGGCUGGAUGCUACCAUUGAAUUUUCUAAUAGUUUUAAAAGUGUGAUAAAGCUUGAAUUAAUGUUGUUCAUGUGUCGGACACGUGUCUGAAGUGUGUCCGGAGCUUGUCCAUGUCUUACACGUAUCCGAUGCCGACACUUCGAUUCUGGCAACGUUUUGCUGUAGGCUGCAUAUAUAUCAUCGAUAUUAUGUAGAAUGACAUCAAAAUCUGGGUUGGGUAGCUCGCUUAGUCACUCAUGAGUCAUGCCAUAAUUCGUUAUAUAACAACAUGGUGCAAAAUCUCUUUCUUUUUUAGAACCUUUUAUAGGCUUGACAUGUUACAUAAUUGCUGAAGACUUUUUGGUAGUUAAAUGAAACACUUGUUUUCAAUUUUUUUUUGUCAUUGGACACACCAUGAAUAUGGAUGUUAUGUAGUUUCGGUAAUGCUAUUAAGUUUAAAGUGGUUAUUGUUGUAGGAUGAAUAUUUUGAAGGGUUGUAAAAUUGGAUGAUGAAUGUUGACUUAUUGGAUAUUUGAUUUGAAUGAUAUUUUGCUUCUUCACAAUUUAAGUUUUC